UCUCCAAUAUUUUCAAAAUGGAGAGCUUGACAAGCACGGUGACAGUGAAACAUGUAUAGCCCCUCGUGAAUGUUGUUUUAUUUUGAUGUGGGUAAGAAAAUAAAGCGGAGAUAUGAAAUCAGACGUGGAGGAGUUAAUGCCCAAACUUCUGCCCGUGGAUUCAUAUGAUAAAGAAGAUGUGGAUCCCAGCGAACCUCCCAGAAACCCUCAAGAAUAUCUCAAACAAGUCCAAAAGGAAGCAUCUAUGUGCCCAGAUGUUGUUGUUGCACAAAUUGAUCCAAAGAAGCUAAAGAAGAAGCAAUCUGUAAAUGCUUCUAUCUCGGGUUGUUUGGCUGCACCCCAGGGGUUUUCUCCCAGUCUGAAAUGGCAGCAACAACAAAUUGGCAAAUUUUCAGAAGUCAGACAGAGUGUCAACAAGCAUCGUCAGCAUUGGAAAGCUCAGUUUUUGGAUGAUAAUGUUGUCAUGCCAAAAACUGAGGAUGAGGAUGGAUGGAAAAGGUUUUGCUUGGGUGAGAAUGUUUUUCUUGGCACCCAGCAGAAAGAAGACGACAACGUUAAUCCAGGUCUUGAUUACGUCAAGACAGGCUUCCCACCUUUCCUAAGCAUUGUCAGCAAAUUAAACCAGUCGACAGUCUCUGCUGUGCUUGAGUAUUUAAUCAGUUGGUUUGAGGAGAGCGACUUUGAACCACAAUUGGGCAGAUGGCUAUAUGCAUUACUGGCAUGCCUUGAGAAACCGCUGCUUCCUGAAGCCCAUUCCCUUAUCAGACAGCUGGCAAGGCGGUGCUCUGCAGUGCGUGCCAAUCUGGAGAGCAAAGAUGAUGAUCGGUUGUCAGCUCUUAACUUGAUGAUUUGUAUUGUUGCCAGGUAUUUUGAACAAGGCGAUUUGGCUGACAAAGACUUGGAAACAGAUGGAGCCUUUUGAAGAAAAUAUUUGUGAAUAACGUUCAAAACUUUGUUCUAAUGUUUGAGUAGAUUUAUACAUUUCUUUAUCAUGUAAUGUUAUUGUACAUCCGUUACAACUACAAUUACUGUUAUUUGGAGCACUGCUAUUGUCAAAUAAACCCAUUCUCAUUU